GAAAUGUUUGAAGUAAAAAUGAGCUGAACUGAAAUUUAUUUAUAUAGCACAUUACCAACAGGCUGCACAAAUCGCUUUACAAUGUGAAAUACCACUACAACAAAUAAAUGCACAACAAAGAUGCAGAGAAGAAAAAAUAAAAAUGAAUAAAUAUGCUGUGUGAAUUUUAGAGGUCAUGUGACUUUAUGCUGCGUUAUAAGAAUUUAAAUUUAUCUUAAAACUGCUGUAAGCCUGUUAUACAUUAGAUUAUCUACAAUGUGCAGUAUCGUGUAUAAUACGAUAUUGAUUUUAUUUUGAGCAUUAUUUAAUGUGGGAGGUGCAGAAACGCAGCCAUCCUGGCCGCACAGAGUUUGUGUCCUCACGCUAAUCCCACUUUAUUCAGGAGUAAUGUGUUGUAUAAAUUUUACUUCUUCGAGUGUGCUGUGUGCAUGGAUUUUUUUCAAGGGGGAGAAUAAAGAUGCAGACAUUGUUUUAUAAACUCUGUUGUUCGUAUUUGAAUCAGUUAGUCAGCCACAGGAACAACACAGUUUCAUUACAGUCAAAGCUCACCACAAAUCUGUUUCUGGAAUGGCCUUCCCAAAGCCGGCUGUGUGCCGGGAAGCCAGCCACUUUAAAAGAACUCUGCUCGAAAGGUUGAAUGUCAGGCGGGUUGUUGAUGACUACAAAAAUGCCCAGUCAAGUUACAACAGAGACACUUAACCAAACGUUAGUGGGGUUUAUAAAUACAUACUUUUGAAACAGUUCAUGUAUUUUGGAUGAUCCAAAAUAAACUCUUCUUUGUAAAGCUGAACAGCUGUUCCACCCUGGAAAAAGAAAAGCCCCAAACUAACAUGACAUUCGACCACGUGAUGAGUGGAUGUAAACGUCUGAGCACGACUGUAAAUAUGUACGUUAUGUGUGUUUACGUAUAGAUGUUAACACGUGUGGGCUCGUUACCCCUAAAGUCAGGUGUCCGAGGAAGCUUCCACAGCGUGUGUGUGUUGGUGUCUUUAUGAAAAGCAGAGGGACACACACUAGUGUAAGAUUUCAGCCUCAGAACUAAAGCUAACCGAGAGCGACGCCACCUGAAAACAGGUUUAUGUUGCUGCAGUCGGACUCGGCGGGCGACAGAGACUUGUGAGUCAGAACUGCUGAAGUGAAAAUGAAUACACACAUGCACGUAAGUCUUCCCUUCACCUCUUCCUCCUACCCCUUCCUUCUUCCUCGCUUCUUAUCGUGCUACUUUCCCCACCCCUUUCUGCCUUUCUUCACUCAGCUCGCUUUGAAGGGAGGAAAUUUGCACUUUUGCACAAGCACGAGCAGCAGCAGCAGGCUGGGGAUGAAGUGAUUCACAGCCUGGAGAAGGGGGAGGGAGGGCAGGGCAGAGGAGUUUGACACUUCUGCAUCAUUUCCUUUCACAUCAGGUUUACUGUUGUUGGUGUCUUGAUCUGAUUUGUGUCGUCUGUCUGCCUUCUCACUUACCUUCUGGUGGCACGUUGAUACUGUGAUGGAUCUGAGGGCUCUUGUGAUCAUCUCUGCGCUCUUACUUGUGACUAAUGGAAAUACCCAAACUCCAGACUAUACCCAAACUGAAAACUACACUGUCAGCUCCAUUUCCCUGACUAGCAGUCCUGUGACAACUGCCACCACCUCUAAAACUACAAACGUUGUGAAUAAAGCGCCCAAUGCAGUCACUUCUUCAACCAAAUGUAAAGCUGAGAAGGACGCGGCACAGCUGAAGACCUACAAAGUGAUGACAGCGUUGCUCUUCUGCAUAUUGCUCAUCCUUUUCCUGAUGCGCUUCACCAGGCCUACUGUAAAAGCCCUGCAGAAGAGAUUUUCAGACAGGAGGCAGAAUCGUUGGAUAGGACCAACACAGAGUCACAGCGUGUCUUAUCAUCGAGGGAAAACGGCAGUUAAAAAUAAUGAUGGAGAUAAGAGACACUCCUACCCUGCUCUGGAUCGUUUGGUAAUCUCUGACAGCAGAGAGCCUUCAUCCAAUAGGAACAGUGACUACAACCUCUGACUUGCAUCUUCUUCCAUCAUCUUCCUCCGUCAUCUUCCUCCAUCAUCUUCCUCCGUCAUCUUCCUCCGUCAUAAUCACUGUCAUCAUUGUCUUAUGUGAGCUGGAAAUGUAGUAUAUUUUCAUUUGUAACUAUAUUUCACCUAUUUUGUGAGUCUAUCAAGAAGUCACAAAUUUAGGUUCAAAGUUAUGUAAAAGUGAGUUUCAUUGUGGCCUCACCACUGUGAGAGAUCCACAGUGAGAGAUCCACUGUGAGAGA